AUGGCUGACAACUGGUGCCCUGGAAACUUCUCCUUCCCCUCCACUACAUUGUAUCUUCCUUGCUCAGGUUCCUCCUAUGGCUCUUCCUACCCCAGCAAUAGGGUCUACAGCACUAUUAGCUGCCGUCCCAGCACCUGCCUGCUGGACUCCUCUCUUCACUGGAGCUCGCAAUCUAGAUGCAGCAACUCAGUGGACUAUGGAUCAAGUGGCUUCAGAGUUUUGAAUUAUGGAGUCUCUUCUGUCCCUUCACUGAAUUAUGGGACCAGAAUCUGCUAG